AUGAGCGGUAUUUCUCGUCUUCUCCGCUGGGCGCCAUUUUUGUGGGCUGCCUGUAAGCUUACCAACAGCUCAGGUGGGACUCGCCGACCAAAAACGCUCUGUAAUCAAUCCGGAGUUGGGGGUCUCGCUGGUCCUAUCGAGUUCCUCCAUACGCUGAGCUUUCCUGCUCGUACUGUCGUUCUGCAAGCUCACCGUCCUAGUCAGGUGAACACACCGACUCAUUCACGCUCUCCGGAUUCAACUCUAUCCGAAGAUUUAUUCGCCUCAAAAAUUGAUAGAGAAAGCCCGGGUUGGCUCGCUCGGACUCUUCUGCGCACUCGUAGACCUCUUGUCUACGAGGGCUGGCAAUGGGAGAAUCCGCACAGGCUUCCCAUUCGCCUGGCUCAUAGAGCUUUCUCGACCUCAAGGCUGAUACUUAAUCAUGCCAGGAGCGCUUUCGUUACUGAGCCGCUUCCAGCUGAGCUUCAGUUGGGUAUCAUGCUCGCCGUGCGCCAUCCUGUUCGCAGAUCUGGCAGUUUCAGUGAAGCGGACAUCCUCUUGGUCUGCAGGGUCUGGAACGCACUUCAUCGAAGACACUUCUGGGAGAAGCGUUGGCUCAAUAUCAGGCCCAGGUCAGCUAAUUGGGCCUCCAUUGGAGAUCGUAUAAAGGCGCUGGUUAGAAAUGCCGAUGUGAUCCACAACGUCAAGCUUGAUGGCGUGCUGACCGACAUUCUUCCAACUUCGCUCGAAGAUACUGUUCGCCAAUGUCCCGACUUUGCCGAACUGGCUACCUGCAAUGUUCAAAGAAUAAAGAUAGGAAAGCUGGACAACCUCAACGAGCUACUUCUGAAGCAGAUAUUGCUUUUCCAUCAGGAUAAAAUCCGGCACUUCGAGUUUCGAGUCGGUGAUUCAGUCUUGUUCCUUGGUCGAAGUUCUCUGUUUGCUGGGUCAGUACUGCUACUGCCCAAUAUUCGAAGAGUGACAGUAGACAUGAGCGAGGCCAAUCCGGCUGAUUAUCUAGAGGAAAUGAUUAGUGGUAGCGCCGGCCAGGUCUCAUUCUUCAUCGCCGAGCUCGUUGGAAGACAAAACAUGGUUCGGCCACGACAGGUUGAGAUUCGGCUUGUUUUCCAUCCCAAAUCCGUCGAGGCAUCGCGACCAGAACUCACAGGAGCCCACAUUCUGCUUGCCGCUCAGAUAUGUGAUUUUACCAGGGAGAAGCUGAAGAAUGUGGCAGGGCUCGAUCUGGUUGUCUCUUUCCAGGCUCCUUUCAGGAAACAAGUCGCACUUGACCUGGCUGUCCUGCGCACCUGGGCUAGAGAGAACAGCAUCUUGUUGAUAAACACCUAG